GGGCGAAUCGAAAUAAAUGUAGGUCUUUGGGCCACACCACCUGUAAUUAGAGAAAAGCAGCGUCAAAAACAAAGUGAAGUAUUAGCCCUUUAAUUUACGGCACUGUGUAAUACAGCUAUGCAUUCGUAACGCUUUGAAACGAGAUCAAAUUAACAUUCGUGGUUAAAAGCUGUCAUGAGACCCAGACUUAUGUAACCUUUUUGUCCGUGAAAAUAUCUGUUUUGUUCACUGAUAGCGGUUGUUUACCUACUCCAGGAGGGUAACCCGAAAUUUCCACUAAAUACUCAAGAUGCUUCGGCGCUGCUCAAAGCACCUCCAGGCCCUGUACCGGCGGCAGGGGCAAAGCCUCCGGCUGGGGUCCACGCAGGCGCCCAAAGUCCUGCUUCCCCAGGCCAAGAUCACCAGCAAAACGGCCAGGGUCCUCGUAUCCCACAACCAGAUCGCCUCAAUCCACUUCACCAGCCCAGUCUUCGCGGAACAGGAUGUAAUGACCCCGAGUUUCCCUGACUCCGUCUCGGAAGGAGACGUGAAGUUGGACAAGAAGGUCGGAGACAGCGUAGCGGCUGAUGAGGUAGUCCUAGAAAUCGAAACUGACAAGACUGCCAUACCAGUAAUGGCUCCCGGACACGGUGUGAUCAAGGAGUUGUAUGUAAAAGACGGGGACACAGUUAAAGCUGGGCAGAAGCUGUUCAGGAUGGAUAUAACUGGGGAAGCGCCGGCGAAAGCAGCAGCAGCGCCCGCUCCUGAAGCCCCUAAGGCCGCUCCACCGCCGCCCCCGCCUGCAGCGGCUGCCCCUCCUCCGCCCCAAGCCGCUGCCCCUCCCCCACCCCCUCAAGCCGCGGCUCCACCCCCUCCCCCGCCCCCCAGAGCCGCCACACCCCCUGCCGCGGCUCCCAUCUCCUCAAUCCCCGUCGCAGCCAUCCGCCACGCUCAGGCCAUCGAAACUGCCACUGUCAAAGUCCCCCCAACGGAUUACAGCAAAGAAAUCGCCGGCACAAGAACCGAGCAGCGCGUGAAAAUGAACCGCAUGCGGCAACGCAUCGCUCAACGUCUCAAAGACGCGCAAAACACCAACGCCAUGCUGACGACGUUCAACGAAAUCGACAUGUCGCAUAUCAUGGCCUUCCGUAAGAAGAACUUGGAUGCUUUCACCAAGAAGCAUGGUAUCAAACUAGGGCUUAUGUCGCCGUUUGUGAAGGCAGCAGCCUCCGCCUUGAUGGACCAGCCUGUAGUGAACGCUGUGAUUGAAGAAAACGAGAUCAUUUACAGAGAUUACGUCGACAUUUCGGUCGCUGUGGCAACGCCUAAGGGCUUAGUUGUGCCAGUCAUCAGGAAUGUGCAGAAUAUGUCGUAUGCUGAUAUUGAGCUGACCAUUGCUGGUUUAGCAGAGAAGGCUAGAACGGGGAAACUGACUAUUGAAGAGAUGGACGGGGGUACAUUCACGAUCAGCAACGGUGGUGUUUUCGGAUCGCUGAUGGGCACGCCUAUCAUCAACCCGCCCCAAUCUGCUAUCUUGGGCAUGCACGGAAUCUUCGAGCGUCCUAUCGCUUUGAACGGACAAGUGGUCAUUCGGCCAAUGAUGUACAUCGCUCUCACGUACGACCACAGGUUAAUCGACGGGCGUGAAGCUGUCAUGUUCCUUAGGAAAAUCAAGCAAGGAGUCGAGGAACCGGCAUCCAUCGUCGCCGGCUUGUAGAUUAGUGAUGACGACCCUUCCGGCUAGUUACCAGUACGAGAGAUUCGAAUUCCGAGGCCGGAAGUGUUCCAUUUAUGAAAAUAAUCAUGUAAAUUUAAACUACCCACGAUUUUCGUUCAGUAGCAAGUUAGAUGCUGCGAGAGAUGCACGACUCGAUUGUAUUUAUUGACCGCUGUGCGUGUGUAUUGUAUUAUUUUUAUCGUGUUAAGUAAUAAUAAUAGAAGCAAGUACACUCCCUUAAUGUGACUACCUGAA